UUAAUACCCAUUGUGACAUAUAUGGCACUCUUGGCCGCCAUAUUAAUCAUUAAACUCAAUAAACGGGGGGGACAAGCACUAUAUAUUUUGAUUUCAAAAAGGCUGCCAUCACGCUUCGAACAUUGUAAUGAUGUCCUUGAGUUGUUCGCGAUAGAAAUUGCACUUAAACGCUUUUCUUAGUUCAUUCAGUUGACAGUUUCAUAUGUAAGUAUGCGAAGAAGUCGACAAGCUUAUGCAGUAAAUGAUCUACUAGAGUUGAUUGACAAAAGUGAUAGCCAGUUUGAAUUCAGUGAUGGGGAUUCUGAAGAAGAAUACCUUCUUGAAAAUGACCAAGAGGUUGAAGAGUGUACUAAUAAUCAGCAAGGAGAAAAUAGUAGUGAUGAAAGUGACGGUGUAGAUAUUGACAAUGUCCCUUUGGUUGAAUUACAAAAGCGGAAGAAUUCCUCCAGCUCCUCUCAAAAAAAGUAUGCAUACAGAUGGAGGAGCCAUGGUUUUGAUGCACCAGAAGUGCCUUUCCUUGGUGAGGAAUGCAUUGUGCAAGAUCCAGAGCCAUCACCAUUGGAAUUUUUUCAUCAAUUUGUUUCAAGUGAGAUGAUUAAAAAUAUUUGUGAACAAACAAAUGUUUACAGUGUAGAAAAGGAUGGUGCUUCUGUAGAUACAGCAGUCAAUGAGCUGGAGAAAUUAAUUGGCAUGUAUUUCCUCAUGGGGUUGAUUCAGCUUCCAUCAGUACGUGGAACGUGCCACUCGGUUUCCAGCUAUUGCUGAUGAAAUGAAUCGGAAUCGGUUCCAAAAGCUCCUUAUCUCACUUCAUUUUGUUAACAACGAAGUUACUGAUGAUCAAAAAAAAGAUCGGAUUUGCGACAAUGGCUAAAUCAGCUGAGACUAAAUUUUCUAAGAGUUACCCCUGAAGAGCACCAAUCCAUUGAUGAGGUCGUAGUAGCAUUCAAAGGUAAACAUGGGCCUUGUGUGUACAUGCCAAAUAAACCAAACAAAUGGGGCUACAAGUUAUGGGCACGGGCUUCAACAAGUGGAUUUAUGCAUGACUUUGUGGUCUAUGAAGGGGCAUCAGAAGAAACCAUUGAUCGUUCAGAUGUUGGUGUAAGCGGUGAGGUUGUAUUGAAACUUGCAUCAAGCUUAUCUUCUGGUAAAAACCAUAAGCUUUUUGCAGACAAUUAUUUCACUUCACUUCCCCUAGUUGAAAAGCUUCAUGAGAGAGGGAUUCAAUUCACUGGGACCAUUCGUAACAACCGAUUGAAAGGAUGUCCACUAGUCUCUGAAAAAAACCUAAAAUCAAAAGGCCGAGGAUCGUAUGAUAUGAAAGUUGACUUAAACAAGAAAAUUGUUGUUCUAACAUGGCCGGACAAAAAAGCUGUGACACUGGUUUCAAGUUAUUGUGGCGCACAGCCAAUGGGAGUGGCCAAGAGAUGGAGCAAAACAGAGAAGUUUGUUGACAUUCCAAAACCCAAAAUAGUUAAUGAGUAUAACAAAUUCAUGGAAGGGAUUAAUCUUAUGGACAUGCUCUGCUCUCUCUAUUGAUAUUCGAUCAGGUCCUGAAGAUGGUAUUUGUACAUCUGGUACCACACCUUGACAGUUGCCUUGGUCAACUCAUGAGUUGUUUAUCGCAAGCAUCAGCAAAAUGGUAAAUUCAUGGAACUUAGCAAAUUCCAAGGCUUGGUUGCAGAAGGUUUGUUAAAGGCUGGGAAAAGCAGGAAAAGAGGUUGUCCAUCAGACACCACAUCUCCACCAUUUAGAAAGCUACCCACCGUAGUGCCGGUAGAUGAUGUGAGAUACGAUUGUUGUCGACCACAUGCCAGAAUGGGACAAUGAAAACCGGCAAUGCUGCAAGCUUUGUAAAAAUAAUCACUCUUCUAUUAUGUGUAAAAAGUGCAAAGUUAACCUGUGUUUCAACAAGGAAAGAAACUUAUCUGGAAUAUCAUACCAGGCGAUAACACCUUAGUUACUGUAUAUGGAGAAUAAUCAGUUGAUACUUGACAUACAUUAAAUAAUGCCAUUUUUUACUAUAAAUAGUUCAUAGACAUCUUAUGGGUGCUGUUUUAUUAAAAGCUUUGGGCUUAGCACAUAAAUUGGUGUUAUUUAUAAGUUGCAUGUUUCAGCAAAAUAUUAGAGUAGCACGCACCUGAAUGCCCAAUGUGACAAAUAUGUCACAGCAUAGAAAUAUGCUCUAAGAAUAAAAAUCUUCAAUUUUUUUUUAAACUUUACAUUUUGGCACUAUUUUCAAUAAAAAUUCAAAAAUUCAAA